AUGGCUUUUCAUACCUUCUCUGCCCGCCCGCCUUACGAGUUCCAGGGUCGUCCACCAGACGCCCCCGGUCAUGGCCGACAACUUACUGAGGACGAGAAAUAUGCCCUUAUUCAGGUCUGCCAUGAUUUACCUCACUGGGGGACUUUCUCUCAGCAGCCAAAGAGUUUCUGGAUGCAAGCAUCCCGCGUUUUUCAAUCUCAGGUCCACCGCAAUUAUGGCUGGCAAGCUUGUCGCCGCUGUAUGGCCAAGUGGGAAGCGGAGAAUCGCCCAGCAUGCCUGGAACGGCCAUCAAUCCCUUCGCCAGCAGCUUCUGAGGCUGGUAACUGUGCCUCUUCUUCUUCCCAAGAACAAAAUGAGAGCAACAUGCAAGCGACCAACAAUGAAGCAACCCAACCAGAAGCUGACGCCGAAGAUCUCCCCGACCAUUUGGGCCCAACUGUACGACGCCGCACCCAAAGGACUAUCUCUGAAGUAAUGGCCAAACGAAAGGAGUUCUGCAGGUCAGUUGCUGGGGCGAUGAAGGAUGUGGAACGAAAAAUCCAAUACAUCAACGACGCCCUUGAUGACGACAACCUCGAUCACCGGCGUGCCAUCGAACAGACUUUCAGUCUUCUUAUGAUGCAGAUCGCCGGGUCAAUGGAAAGGUUCGAAGACCGCUUGCCCAACUGA